CAUUCCCCCCUGCCGCACUGGAUGUGUCACCUUCAGGUCCCCUCGAGUCAAUGCGCUCGCUCUCGAAUCGUCUAGAUAAUGCUUUGUUGAACGCCUGCAAGCUGAACCUGCGCACUUGCAACUACCACUCAGCGGGUCCUUGAAGUAAGCAACUUCUAGGGCAUCUCGACUGACAGCUGCCUCAAGGACAUCCAGUUGUUCGGUACAUUUGCCUCCCUCAUUGUCAAAUCCCCAGCAAUAAUGGCCUCUCUACAACCCAUCUUCAAGAAGGCCUAUUGGACCCUGGCCGCCGGCGGGAUCUUCUAUGUCAUUUUCGUCUGUGCUAUGACGUAUCCCAUGGUCCAAAGAUUUGUCCUCUAUGUGAACAAGGUCAAUCCCACCCUGUGGCAGGACCUCAAUCAAGUCGAGUCAUUCGGAUUUCUGAAGACACAAGUACAGCCCUUCUAUCUGAAAACUCCAGAUAACGAGACGCUUUACGGAUGGCACCUGCUGCCCCUACAACUAUGUCGGGAGCACGAGGAAGAGCUCAAUGCGAAUGAGCAGUAUGGUCCGGCAAAAGACUACACCGAGACCACCGCGUUCAAGCUUCUCGCAAACGACCCGAAUGCCCGGGUCGUAGUUAGCUUCCACGGCAACGCAGCCCAUCUCGCCUCCGCCCAGCGACCAGACAUCUACCGACAAGUCCUCGGUCUAUCAACGCGCCAAAACCCCGUGCAUGUAUUCGCCAUCGACUACCGCGGCUUCGGUCUCUCGACCGGCUCACCCACAGAAGAAGGUCUAAUCACCGACGGCGUCUCUCUAAUCAACUACCUCACCUCGGGACCCCUGCAUAUCUCCCCAUCUCGCAUUGUAAUCAUGGGCCAAAGUCUAGGAACAGCCGUCAGCGCCGCGGUGGCUGAGCGCUUCGCAUUAGGCUCCUCAGAUCCCACCGCCAUUCAACCCACCCUCAAGGACCCAGAGCCCUUCGCCGGCGUGAUCCUGCUGGCAUCCUUCAGCAACGUCCCCAAUCUCAUCGACGCCUACAGCAUGAAAGGCAUCACCCCACCAAUGCUCUCCCCUCUAGCCGCAUACCCGAGUCUGCAAAGCUGGGCGAAAAACAACAUCAUCGACCGCUGGGAUACCGCCGCUCGAGUCGCACGCCUAACAGGGGUGGGUGUGAACACCACAGGCAACGACGCCCCUAACCCGGCAUACGCGCACAAAGGCCUGGACCUCUUCAUCAUACACGCCGCAAACGACGUCGAAAUCCCCUGGCGCGAAGGCCGUCGCGUCUGGACCGCCGCCACAGGUGAAACCCUCCAAGAUGCCCCCGGCGCUAUAAUCCACUCCAAGAAAGACCUCAACGGUUCCAACGAGGUCCAGAUCUGGGAGAACAGAUCAAUCAAGGACUCUGCGGUUGUCAAACGUGUUCGAUGGGAACGCGUUGCUUACGGCGGUACGUCAAAACAAGAAGGAACAACCGAGUCACCACCCUCGCAGACAGAGAAACAGCACUAACCAAUCCUAAAAUCCUUUCUUAGGGCACAAUCGCGUCGCGACCUUCUCCGUCGCCGCUCUUUCCGUCCUGAGGGCCUUUGAGAAGUGAAUAAAUGACCUCAGCAUGAUCCUCGCCUACCACCUAGUGCCAACCUUCCCUGACCCGGGCCCAGGGAUCAGCGAAGCAAUGAUUCACUGUCCCAUCAUGCCCAACCAAUAGAAACACUAGAAAACAGGAGAUGUCAAAGGAAUCGCGAAAAUCCACUUGUAGGGCAGGCCAAUCAUGAGGGUGCGAGGAGACGCGUCGACGUGUCGUGCAGAAUCAUGGUGACGUAGAAUCUUUCUGGAAGCCUUCUGUUUGGGUUGGAUGAUGCGAGACAGGUAGAUUAGAUUAGAGGGGUUGUCUAUGGAUGGUGGACGGUAUGACGUCUUUUAUGUACAAUUUCUAUUAGAUUUGUUUAGGUCCGGAGGGUAUACAGCCGAUGACUUCCACAAAAAGCUAG